AAGCUCUACUAUUUUUAACGUGAUAUCAUCCUUUUUCUUUUUUUUUUUUGCUCUUUUUAUUUUUUUUUAUCUAUAACCAAAACCAUAAAUUUUAAGCAGCUGAAGAAUUGUAUGCCAUGCAGGUUGCAUUUCCAAAAUUAGAGGAGUUGCAAUUAUCUUGGAUUAAUGUUGAAAGCAUAUGGCAUACUUCGAUAGCAUCUUCUUAUAUUGAGAAAUUGAAGAAGUUGAUCAUUAAGAACUGUGAUAAUUUGGAAUAUCUAUUCACAUCUUCUAUGGCUAGAGAUCUGGUGAUGCUUGGACACCUUGAAAUAGAGGGAUGCAGGAAGAUGGGAAAGGUUAUUUUUACAGAGAAUGAAGCAGAAAAUGGAAGUUUGAUUUUCCCUCAAUUGAGGAUUCUAGAGAUAAAAAGCCUUCCAAAACUGGAAAGGUUCUGCCAUGGGAAUUACAUCGAAUUCCCCCGUCUUUCGCAACUUUUGAUCGAGAGCUGCCCUGUAUUAAAAACGUUCAUCUCAUCAAGCUCUAGUUUGGACACUUGUACACCUCCUCUAUCUGACAUGAAGGUUGUGUUACCAAGCCUAGAGGAGUUGCAAUUAUGCUGGAGGAAUGUUAACAUCAAAUCCCUCACUUCAAUAACAUCUUUUUGUGUCCAGAGAUUGAAGAAAUUGAUCAUUCAAGGCUUUGACAAUUUGGAAUUUUUGUUCUCAUCUUGUGUGGCUAGAGGUCUGGUGAUGCUUGAACAACUUGAAAUAAAGGAAUGCACGAGGAUGAGAGAGAUUAUUGUCAUAGAGAAUGCAGAAGAAAAAGAGAAUUUGAUUUUUCCUCAAUUGAAACACCUAUCGAUAGAAGACCUUCAAAACCUUGUUGCAUUCUACUUAGGAAAUUGUAUUGUUGAAUUCCCAUCCUUGGAGGACUUGGAAGUAUUGAAUUGUCCCGAAUUGAAGGGAUUCACAGUUAAAUAUUCUGAAAGCACAAGUUGCAUAGUUAACAUACAGACACUCUUCAAUGAACAGGUUGCAUUUCUCAACUUGCAAUGGUUGACUAUCACCCACUUGAAAAACUUGGAGAUGAUAUGGCACAGCAAAGUGCGUGCAGAUUCCUUUUGCAAACUGAAAUCAUUAACAGUUAAAAAUUGUGACAAGUUAUUGACUGUUUUUCCUUCUACUGAGGUUGCAUUUCUCAACUUGCAAUGGUUGACUAUCAUCCACUUGAAAAACUUGGAGAUGAUAUGGCACAGCAAAGUGCGUGCAGAUUCCUUUUGCAAACUGGAAUUAUUAACAGUUGAAAAUUGUGACAAGUUGUUGACUGUUUUUCCUUCUACUAAGGUUGCAUUUCUCAACUUGCAAUGGUUGACUAUCACCCACUUGAAAAACUUGGAGAUGAUAUGGCACAGCAAAGUGCGUGCAGAUUUCUUUUGCAAACUGGAAUUAUUAACAGUUGAAAAUUGUGACAAGUUGUUGACUGUUUUUCCUUCUACUGAGGCUGCAUUUCUCAAGUUGGGACGGUUGACUAUCACCCACUUGAAAAACUUGGAGAUGAUAUGGCACAACAAAGUGUGUGCAGAUUCCUUUUGCAAACUGAAAUCAUUAACAGUUAAAAAUUGUGACAAGUUAUUGACUAUUUUUCCUUCUACUGAGGCUGCAUUUCUCAACUUGCAAUGGUUGACUAUCACCCACUUGAAAAACUUGGAGAUGAUAUGGCACAGCAAAGUGCGUGCAGAUUCCUUUUGCAAACUGGAAUCAUUAACAGUUGAAAAUUGUGACAAGUUGUUGACUGUUUUUCCUUCUACUGAGGUUGUGUUACCAAGCCUAGAGGAGCUGCAAUUAUGCUGGAUGAAUGUUAACAUCAAAUGGCUCACUUCAAUAACAACUUUUUGUGUCAAGAAAUUGAAGAAAUUGAUCAUUCAAGGCUUUGAUAAUUUGGAAUUUUUGUUCUCAUCUUGUGUGGCUAGAGGUUUGGUGAUGCUUGAACGACUUGAAAUAAGGGAAUGCAAGAGGAUGAGAGAGAUUAUUGUCACAGAGAAUGCAAAAGAAAAAGAGAAUUUGAUUUUUCCCCAAUUGAACCACCUAUCGAUAGAAGACCUUCAAAACCUUGUUGCGUUCUACUUAGGAAAUUGUAUUGUUGAAUUCCCAUCCGUGGAGGAUUUGAAAGUACUGAAUUGCCCUGAAUUGAAGGGAUUCACAGUUAAAUAUUUUGAAAGCACAAGUUGCAUAGUUGACAUGCAGACACUCUUCAAUGAACAGGCUGCAUUUCCCAACUUGGAAAGGUUGAGUAUCACCCACUUGAAAAACUUGGAGAUGAUAUGGUACAACAAACUAUAUGCAAAUUCCUUUUGCAGACUAAUAUCAUUAAAAGUUGGAAAUUGUGAAAAGUUAUCAACUGUUUUUCCUUGUACUGAUAUAUUGGGAAAAGUCUUAAAAUCCCUAGAGGUGUUAUCUAUAUAUCGGUGUGGCUCACUCGAAGGGAUAUUUGAAAUUGCUGAGUUCAAUGUCAAACAAACACAUGCUGUAAUUGACACCAAGUUCAAAGAAUUGAAUAUUGAAGGCCUACCAAGAUUGAAGCAUGUGUGGAAUAAGGAUUCCCAAGGAACACUCACUUUUCACGACCUGGAAUCAGUCAAGGUAAGCUAUUGUGGGAGUCUCAAAAAUUUGUUUCCAGCUUCAAUAGGCAAAAACCUUUUGCAACUCCAAAAGCUACAUUUAUACUGGUGCGGGGUGGAGGAAAUUGUCACAAUGGGAGAACAAGAAGCUAGAGCAAUUGUUAGCUUUGAAUUUCCUCAAGUAACAAGUCUUAAGCUUGAGGUGCUACCAAGACUCCAAUGUUUCUACCCAAGGAAGCACACGACAAUGUGGAAAAUGUUAAAAAAGUUCUAUUUUUCCCAUUUCAAUCUAGUAAAGGGAGCAGAUGGGCGUGGGCAACUUGACUUCCCUGUACGACUACCACUUUUCUCUACAAAAAAGAUCAUCCCUCAAUUGGAGAAACUAUCAUUAACAAGAGAUGACAUUGCAAUGAUAUGUGAGCAUGAGUCUAAACAAGACAUUCUUUUCAAUGGCAAAGUUCUUCAAAUUCAGGACUAUCUUGAUGAUGAAUUAGAUGUUUUACCUGUUGGAUUCCUAAAAAGGUUCUGCCAUCUAGAAAAUCUCAUUGUGAGCUAUUGUAAUUUUAAAGAGUUGUUCCCUUCAAAAGGAGAAGUUGAAGAACAAGAGAAACACAUUGAGAUUGAGACACUCUCAAGGAUUAAAACAUUAAAUUUGAAGUGCCUUCCAUAUCUCAGGCAUAUAUGGAGCCAUGACUCACCGAGUGUCCUUCAAAAUCUUGAAACUCUUGAUAUAUUCAAAUGUGAUAGUUUGAUUAUAUUAUCAACUUCAAUUUCAUCUUUCCAAAAUCUCACCACUUUGAAUGUAACAAGUUGCAAAGGGAUGAUAAAUCUGGUUUCAGUCUCAACAGCACAAAGUUUGGUGCAGCUAGAAAGUAUAACUGUAGAGAGCUGCCACAUGUUGACUAAAAUAGUUGGAAGUGAAGGAGAUGGAAUGCAAGAUUAUAUCAUGAUCACUUUUGCUAAACUAAGAUUUUUGACACUUCAACAGUUGCCAAGACUAGAAAGCUUUUGUUCAGAAAAUUUCACCUUCAAAUUCCCAUGUUUAGAAGAGGUAACUGUAAAGCAAUGCCCCAAGUUGAAGAUCUUCAGUGAGGGAGAGCUAGAUACACCAUUGCUAUGGAGAGUAAUAAUUAAAGAAGAGGACAAGUACCGUUGGGAAGAUGACCUUAAUACUACCAUACAAAGAAUGUACAUGGAAGAGGUUGGAUUUGCUGGGUUGCAACUUUUGAUGCUAUCAGAUUUUCCUAAGUUCAUGGAAACAUGGUAUAUCAAGAAUCCUCAAGGACUCUUAGAUUUCAGACGGCUUCAAGUGCUGGAAAUUUGUAAUUGCAGCAAAUUCAGGUACCUCUUGACCCAUUCCAUGGCCAUGGGCCUAGUGCAACUCUUGCAGUUAAUAGUAAAAAACUGUGGGACAAUGGAACAAGUGAUAAUGGGAGAAGGAGCAGAAAAUAAAAUGGAAUUCUCACAUCUUUCUUUGAUCAAUCUAGAGUCUUGUUUAGAUUUGACAAGUUUCUAUGUGGGAAGUCAUAGUCUUGAGCUUCCAAGCUUAAAUGAUUUUAUUGUAAAGGACUGCCCAAAGAUGGUCACAUGUGCUGCUUCUACAUCUUCAGAAGAGCACGACAAAGAGGAAUCUCAAUGCCUCUUUAGCAGUAAGGUGGAGACUCCCAACUUGGAGUUUUUGAGUCUGUCUUCAAAUAACAUUCAACAAAUUUUGGACAAUUUGAUUCCAAAAAUCUCUUCUUAUGUCCAAAAUUUAAGAAAGUUGUGUGUGGAGGGUUGUGGUAAUUUGAAAAAUCUAUUGAAGUCCUCCAUGGUUAAGAGUUUUGAGCAAUUGAAUUGGCUUGAGAUUCGGGAUUGUCAUAUGAUCGAAGAGAUAAUACUUGUAGAAGAAUCAGUGGACGAGGAAAGGAUGUGCAAGAUUUUCUUCCCUAACCUGGAGUUCCUACUACUCCAAGACCUUCCAAAACUCAGAAGAUUUUGUUCUGGAAAUUACUUGGAAUUACCAUGCCUUUGGAAACUUAAGAUAAGCAAGUGCCCUGUGCUGAAGACUUUCAUCUCUAACUUUAUUUUUGGAGACAUGAUAGCUAGUUUUGAUAAUGUCAAAAACACUUGUGCACUUUCUCUGUUCGACACAAAGGUGGCAUUCCCCAAAUUAGAGCGUUUGAUCAUUGAACAUGUGAAGAGCUUGAAUAAGAUAUGGAAUGACCAACUCGAAGUAAAUUCUUUUUGCCAACUAACUUUGAUGAGCAUAGUUUCAUGCGAAAAGUUAAUGACUAUUUUCCCAUUUAGUAUGGUGGAAAGGCUUCAGAGACUAGACAAACUCCGAAUAUGGAACUGUGAUUCACUUGAAGAGAUACUUGAGUCUCAAGAACCUAGUAUUAGUCAAUCACAAGCUCAAAAGGCCACUCCGCUACCUUUGUUGGAAACCGUCACAUGCUUGGAGGAUGAUGUGAAGGAUGAGAUUGUCUUUAGCAAACUCAAGUAUUUGCAACUUUGUGGUUUGCCUAGACUUUCAAGCUUUUGCUUUGUUAAAUGCAAGUUUGAGUUCCCAUUUUUGGAAGAGGUGAUUUUGAUGGAUUGUCCAAGUAUGCAAACUUUCUCUAUGGAUGAAAUAAGAACGCCAAAAUUGCAAAAAGUAAAAUUGACUGGAGAUGUAGAUGAAGGCUUUUGGGAUGACAACCUAAACUCGACCAUACAACUACAUUUGACGUGAAAGAGUCGAGGUGAUUCUGAAAAUUGAGAUCAAAGAAAUUGCGGCCUAUGUCCUUUCCAAGUGAAAUUUGAUGUUGUCACAUUGCUUGGUGCUGCUUGGUGCCCAGAAUGUUACCUCACUAACUAAAACCAAUUCCUUUUUUCUACCAAAAAAAAAAAAAAAGAAAUCUUUUCUAUUUCUCGUACUCUUGUGCAACUUGUAUUAUGUAUUAUUAAAUUCAUGCAAAACCUUUAAAUUCAUGUGUUAUUUUAUAGCAUUAAAGAGAGAAUAUCCUU